GACUGCUCCGACACCCAGUGCUGUCGCGCCGUCGGGUCCCAGUGCUACGUGAAGGCUUGGAGCACCGACGAGAGCAACAAGUCUCUCUGGGCCGUGUGCAAGGAGUCCUGCACGCCAGGGCCCGACCCCAGCGACAACAACGAGAGCUGGGCCUGCGACACGCUGGGCUCGCGGAGCUACG